AUGCCCGAGCGGAACCGUUAUCAAAACAGACGACAGGAUCCCGACGAAGACGUAGACUACGAGAGCGACGAGUCCGAUCUCGUCCACAUCCAAUGCUGGAUUCCGUCGGCCAACAUUGAUUUGACCGCGCUCGCCACAUAUCUCAGAGAAUAUGUGGACAAUACUGCGACCAUUAAGCCGUCGCAAAGUCCAGCCGAUGCGACUAAGGCUGGCUACACCAUUAGCGCGAGGAAAACACUCAGUGUCGCCGAAUGCCGCGACAUUAUUGAAGACUCCCGCGCCUGGGAGAAGGAACGACAAUCGCGCGAAUAUCGUCGGGAGCCGUAUUCAUACAGCGAGUCUGACGCCUGGGAAGAUAGGAGGAACAAGGGCGCGACUGUAUCGGAAACGAAGCCCCGAAGACGACGUCGUCGAUCGCCCAGUGCGGCCACAAGUGCCCCAUCGCGGCAUGCCGGCAUCAACGAGCAACGACCAGAUGAGCGCGAGGCUUCACCCGACACGUCUCGCGGGUGUCCCGGAGAAGCCGCAGUGCUCUCUGAGCACCACGAAGCCGGCAACCAGUAA